GUAGUCAUAAAAGGCACUGGGCAAAUCAAUUCACUCCAUAGUUUUCAUAGAGAUCUCCUGAUAUUAAUUUUUUUCUUACACGUGUCUCCUCUGAUCCUCUGGAGAUGAAAAUUGACAUCCAUAGUCAUAUUCUUCCAAAAGAAUGGCCAGAUCUAGAAAAGAGAUUUGGCUAUGGAGGCUGGAUCCAGCUCCAACACCACAGCAAGGGAGAAGCAAAGAUGGUGAAAGAUGGAAAGAUCUUCAGAGUGGUCCAAGAGAAUUGCUGGGAUCCAGAAGUUCGUAUUAGAGAAAUGGAUCAAAAAGGAGUAACAGUGCAAGCCCUUUCCACGGUUCCCAUCAUGUUUAGCUAUUGGGCCAAACCUCAGGACACUUUGGACUUAAGCCAGUUUUUAAACGAUGACCUAGCUGCCACUGUAGCAAGCCACCCUCGAAGGUUUGUGGGUCUAGGGACAUUGCCUAUGCAAGCCCCUGACCUGGCAGUCAAGGAGAUGGAGCGCUGUGUAAAGGAGCUGGGAUUUCCAGGGGUCCAGAUUGGCUCCCACAUCAACACCUGGGACCUGAACGAACGGGAACUCUUCCCUGUCUAUGCAGCAGCUGAAAGGCUGAACUGUUCCCUGUUUGUGCAUCCCUGGGAUAUGCAGAUGGAUGGACGAAUGGCCAAAUACUGGCUCCCUUGGCUCGUAGGAAUGCCAGCAGAGACCACCACAGCCAUUUGCUCCAUGAUCAUGGGUGGAGUGUUUGAAAAGUUUCCAAAAUUGAAAGUGUGUUUUGCACAUGGAGGUGGUGCUUUCCCUUUCACAAUGGGAAGAAUCUCCCAUGGAUUCAACAUGCGCCCAGAUCUAUGUGCCCAGGACAACCCAAAUGACCCUAAGAAAUACCUUGGUUCCUUUUAUACAGACUCCUUGGUUCAUGAUCAUCGGUCUCUUAAGUUGUUAACAGAUGUCAUAGGAAAGGAUAAAGUCAUUUUGGGAACUGAUUACCCCUUUCCAUUGGGUGAGCUAGAACCUGGGAAACUGAUAGAGUCCAUGGAAGAAUUUGAUGAAGAAACAAAGGAAAAACUCAAAGCUGAUAAUGCCCUGGCAUUUUUGGGUCUUAAGAAAAAACAAUUUGAAUGAAUUCAGUA